ACAAUCGCAACUUCCAAACCAACCCUAAAUUUCAAUAGGUAUGACCGAGGACCAAUAAUGGAGACCAACUGUACACUUAUUCCUCACGUUCCAAAGCCUGCUAGAUGCCGCCGGAGACGAGAAAGAAUCCAACCACGUAACGUAAGUAGGUGCGCGACAGUGGUCAGCAGUGACGAACGCAGCAGCUCCCUCAAUCAAACCACUCCUCGGAAACAACAAAACGCUCUCAAGUAAACAAAUAAAAAAUGAAACAGCCCAGCCUAGGCAUGGACGAGAAGCAAAAUAAUCUAAUCUAUUUCAUUUCCCGCUAUAAAAUCUGAUCUCCCGGAAGGCAAUAGAUUAGCAAGCUCUCCACUCCAUCCAUCAUUUCUUUCUUCUUCCCUCCGAUUAAAAAAAAAAAAAAAAAAAGCGAAAUGGGGAAUGAGAAUGACCGCCAGCUUCACGUCUACUUCUUCCCGUUCAUGGCGCACGGCCACCUGAUCCCUGCCGUCGACAUGGCCAAGCUCUUCGCAUCCCGAGGCGUCAAAACCACCAUCGUCACCACCCCACUCAACGCCCCUCUCUUCUCCAAAACCACCCGGAAGCACUCCUCCUCCUCGGGUCGGGCCGAGAUCCUCACCCGGACCCUCGACUUCCCCGCGUCCCGGGUCGGCCUGCCCGACGGAUGCGAGAAUCUCGACUUCAUCAGCGCCCGGAACCUCGGGUGGGGGGCCGUCUCCAAAUUCUUCAAGGCCUCCACGCACCUCCAGGAAUCCUUCGAGAGCCUCCUCGAGCAGGACCGGCCCGACUGCCUCGUCGCCGACAUGUUCUUCCCCUGGAGCGCCGAAUCCGCCGCGAAAUUCGGCAUCCCCAGGCUGCUCUUCCACGGCACCAGCUACUUCGCCCUCUCCGCCAGCGCCGCCGUCGCCGCUCACGAGCCGCAGAACCGCGUCUCCUCCGACACCGAGCCGUUCUCGCUCCCCGGCCUCCCCCAUGAGAUCCGGCUGACGAAGCGCCAGCUCCCGCCGUCGGCUGCUCAGGUGGCCGUCGUCGUCGGCGGCGGGGACGUCGAUUUCAUGUCGGAGUUUUUCCGGAGAGUCACGGAGACCAACUCCGAAGGGUACGGGACCGUGGUCAACAGCUUCUACGAGCUGGAGCCGGCUUACGCUGACCACUUCAGGAACGCUCUGGGAAGGAAGGCGUGGCACGUGGGGCCCGUGUCGCUUGCCAACGCUGACGUGGAGGAUAAGGCCAGCCGGGGGAAGCAAGCCGCAAUUGACCAGGACGAGUGCUUGGAAUGGCUGGACUCCAGGGAGCGGAACGCCGUCGUUUACGCGUGCUUCGGCAGCGGCUCGAACUUCGGCGCCGAGCAACUGCGGGAGAUCGCGGUUGGGAUGGAAGCGUCCGGUCAGCAGUUCAUAUGGGUGGUCAGGGGCGGUCAGGGCGACGACAGCUGGCUGCCCGAAGGGUUCGAGGAGAGGACGAAAGGGAGAGGGAUGGUUAUUCGCGGGUGGGCCCCGCAGGUCUUGAUCCUGGAGCACGCGGCGGUGGGGGCGUUUGUGACGCACUGCGGAUGGAACUCGACGCUGGAGGGGAUAACGGCGGGGCUGCCGAUGGUGACGUGGCCGGUGUCGGCGGAGCAGUUUUACAACGAGAAGCUGGUGACGGAGGUGGUGAGGAUCGGGGUCGGGGUUGGCGCGGAGCAGGCGGCGGUUUAUGGGGUGACGGUGGAGAGCGGGAAGGUGGAGAGAGCUGUGAGGAGGAUUAUGUCGACGGGCGACCAAGAGGUCGAGGACAUGCGGCGGAGGGCGAAGGGUUUGGGGGAGAUGGCGAGGAAAGCUGUGGAGGAAGGAGGGUCUUCUUACAAUGAUUUGAGUUCUUUGAUUGAGGAGCUGAAAUUGCAGCGCGUGGCUAGUGGAUAGUCACAUAUUUUAGGGACUGGUAAGGAUUUGGCGUAUUGUGAUUGUUUUUUUUUUAAAUAUUUUUGUAGCAUUAUUUUUAGUGAAAUAAUAGUUUUAUCUUUUGUUUUAGGGUUAAUACAUUAGUUUGGCUCGAACUAUAGACAAACUUUCUAUUUAGGUCCAUGAUAUCGGAAAUUGUUAUUCUGGCUUAAACUAUGUAGCAUACUUUCUUAUUUGGCCCGGAGGUGGGUUUGACCGUCAAAUUAAACGGUCAACUGAGUUUACCGUUAGUCAAAGUCCACCUCACUUGCCACGUCAGCUAUUAGGAAAUAAAAAAAUAAUUUUUUGAGUUUUUGAAUUUUUUUUAAUUUCUAAAAUUAAUUAAAAAUUUUUUUUUUUUACAAACACAGUUUCAAUAACUGAGAAAUAAUUACAGAGUUUUGGACUAGGUCCAAAGAAAGACAAUCAAAUCAAAUAAGGCAAAAGGAGAGGCCUAAAACAUGUAAUCCCACCACAAACCAGAAAAUACACAAGAAAGCUCACAAUGGAGGCCCACAUGGAGGAAAGCCAAUCCUAACUCUAUCUGAAAUGCAACCCCACAAAGAGAUCGCCGCCGUUGCCGAGAAGAACAAACUGCCAAGACCAAAAGAAGCUGCCAACUAGGAAAACAGGGGAACUGCAAACCCAGCAGAGACGAGCCGUGGAUGAUGACAAAGCAACACCCUCAACAAGGAGAUGACCACCGAAGGACUUGGCAGAACCCAGAAACAAAGCAUGCAACGAUCUCUGAGCGAGGAGUCCCUAUCUUCGAUUCCAAGAACCGCAUCUGAGCCGAUUCACAAAGGAAGACUACCGAAUCUCCGGAUCAUCGCGAUCUGUUGGAUGAAACAAGGAGGUAGAUGAAAGAUUCAAGGAAAGAAGAUGAAUUGGAGAAAAAUCAACAACCCCCUCUGCAACUGGACCGAAAGCUCCAAGCUUUCAAGAUCUGAAACUCAGAACAGAACUUGAACGAGGAAAGAUCCAUCCAAAGAGACAGAACAAAGAAAAGAUCCACAAGGAGACAAGGAAAACCCACAAAGGGGACUGGAAACAGUAAAAGAAAAACGCAUAAACUGAAAAAAGUGCAUACAAAGGAAGGACGAAGGGAGGGUCGCCACCGGACGCUGCCGGCAGCAGCCCUCAAGGAGGAGCUGAAAAGGGACUUUUAGAGAGAGGAGAGAGCGUUUUGAAUUGUAGAGACAGUACUGAUUUUGGGGUCCCAUUAAUAAUUAAAAAUAAUUUGGAGAUCUCUUUUAAUUAAUUUUUUUCGUUUAUUAUUUUUAUUGUUAGAAAAUAAAUAAAAUUCAAAAAUUAAUUUUUUAUUCCCUGAUAGUUGAUUAUUCCUGUGACUGUUGCUACUGCAGAGAGAAGUUUUUCUAAGUUGAAGUUGCUGAAGUCCUAUUUGCGUUCUACAAUGACACAAGAAAGGCUUAAUGGAUUAGCUAUGGUGUCGAUUGAGAAUAAUCUCCUAGAGAAUAUAAAGUCGAAGAGCUUAUAGAUACUUUUAUUUCAAACAAUGCAAGAAGGAUAUUACUUUUAAGUAACAUUGUAAAAAAAAUUAUUUGAUCAAUAUAAUUAUUUUUAUUUUAUAAAAAUAGAAAGAUAGGCCACAUCUUCAUUAUGGAACAGGGCCUACAGAAUUGAUUGGCCGACCCUGUUUCUUGCCCCUUUCUCUGUAGAGAAACCCAUUCAUUUUCUCUUCUUCUAUUUCAUGUCUCUCGACGGAGAACCCAUCUUCGUUGAUGUAAAUUAGGAGGGGAAGCUUCUUCCCAACAGAGAUGACGGACGGCAGGCUUAGAUGCAGGCGGAAAGGGUUGGGUGGGUUGAGCAGGCGAUGUCCUCGGAGACGACAUCUGAGGUUGGAUCGUUGCCGGCGGGGAGGGUAACGGUUCCUAAGAAAAGCAGAAGAAGACGAGAUUUGGGUGGAAGAGCAACAUAAAAACUGACGUCUUCUCUUUAGGGUUUUUGUAUUUAUAUGAAACUCCAACGGCUAAUCAACAGUGUUAACAGCC